AUGUUCGCGUCGGGUGCGGGCGGCGGCGGCUUCCACGAGGCGCGGGUGGAGCUGCUGCAGGCCGCCGUGCAGGAGAUGCUGCUGGGCUACGGGCUGCUGCUGGGGCUGGUGAUAGGGCAGCUGGCGGGCAGCAUCCGCGAGGGCGAGGUGGCGGCGCUGAGCAUCGCGACGCUGAAGAAGCAGGCGCAGGGGCUGCAGGACGAGUACAUGCGCCUCGCCAACGAGCGCUCGGGCGAGCGCGGCGUGGAGGAGGAGGCGGUGAAGAAGGCGCGGGGGCUCAAGGACAGCAUUGCACGCCUGGAGAAGGAGAUUCGGCACAAGGAGGAGGAGGUGGAGUCGUGGCAGGGGCGCACGAGGGCAGCGGAGACGAACGUGGCGGCCAUUCGCAAGCAGACGGAGGGGCUGCAGCUAGAGUACGACCGGCUGCUGGAUGAGAAUGAGAGCCUGCGCGCCCAGCUCGCUGUCUUUGACCGCAAGUUUGCAUCCAAGAGCAAGAAAGAUCUCUAG